CGGACCCGGGAUCUGUCCGAGCAGGAAGCGAGCAGCAGCCUGAUCUCCGCCUUCGCCCGGUGCCUGAGCUCGGCCGCGUCAUCGCCCUCUUCCCUCACCUCGUCAGCUCUCACCACGCCCUCCAGCCUCGGCGGCGACAGGUAGCCUCGCCGCCGCGCACCUGCCUUCGUGUCCUCACAGGAUAUAGUGGAUAGCUCCCUUCAGAAUGGAGGAUGGAAAGCCCGUUUGGGCGCCCCACCCUACAGAUGGAUUUCAGAUGGGCAACAUUGUGGAUAUUGGCCCUGACAGCUUGACAAUUGAACCCUUGACCCAAAAAGGCAAGACAUUUUUGGCUCUCAUAAACCAAGUGUUCCCUGCAGAAGAGGACAGUAAAAAAGAUGUGGAAGAUAACUGUUCACUAAUGUAUUUAAAUGAAGCCACACUUCUCCAUAAUAUCAAAGUUCGAUACAGUAAAGACAGAAUUUAUACAUAUGUCGCCAACAUUCUGAUCGCAGUGAACCCAUACUUUGACAUACCUAAAAUAUAUUCUUCAGAAACAAUAAAGUCGUACCAAGGAAAAUCUCUUGGGACAAUGCCACCUCAUGUCUUUGCAAUUGCUGAUAAGGCUUUUCGAGACAUGAAGGUGCUCAAGAUGAGUCAGUCUAUCAUUGUGUCUGGAGAAUCAGGAGCUGGCAAAACGGAAAAUACGAAGUUUGUUCUAAGAUAUCUGACUGAAUCCUAUGGAACAGGUCAAGAUAUUGAUGAUAGGAUUGUUGAAGCUAACCCACUCUUAGAAGCCUUUGGAAAUGCAAAGACUGUUCGCAACAAUAAUAGCAGUCGAUUUGGAAAAUUUGUAGAAAUACAUUUCAAUGAAAAGAGUUCAGUUGUUGGAGGAUUUGUUUCACAUUAUCUUCUAGAGAAAUCUAGGAUCUGUGUUCAAGGCAAAGAGGAAAGGAAUUAUCAUAUCUUUUAUAGGUUGUGUGCUGGUGCUUCUGAAGAUAUUAGGGAAAAACUUCAUUUGAACUCCCCAGAUAAUUUUCGGUAUUUAAACCGAGGCUGCACUAGAUACUUUGCAAACAAGGAAACUGACAAACAAAUUUUGCAGAACCGAAAAAGUCCUGAGGAGGAUGAGUAUCUUAAGGCAGGUUCUUUGAAGGAUCCUCUGUUAGAUGACCAUGGAGAUUUUAUUAGAAUGUGCACAGCCAUGAAAAAGAUUGGUUUGGAUGAUGAAGAAAAGCUUGAUCUGUUCCGGGUAGUGGCUGGCGUCCUGCAUCUUGGGAAUAUUGAUUUUGAGGAAGCUGGAAGCAGUUCAGGUGGUUGUAAUCUGAAGAAUAAGUCUACUCAGUCUUUGGAAUACUGUGCUGAAUUACUGGGUUUGGAUCAAGAUGAUCUUCGCGUAAGUUUAACUACAAGAGUCAUGCUGACAACAGCAGGGGGCACCAAAGGAACAGUUAUCAAGGUACCCCUGAAGGUGGAGCAGGCAAACAAUGCUCGAGAUGCCUUGGCAAAGACUGUCUAUAGCCAUCUUUUUGAUCACGUGGUAAACAGAGUAAAUCAAUGUUUUCCUUUUGAAACAUCAUCUUAUUUUAUUGGAGUUCUAGAUAUUGCUGGUUUUGAGUACUUUGAACAUAACAGUUUUGAACAAUUUUGCAUCAACUAUUGCAAUGAAAAACUUCAACAAUUUUUCAACGAAAGGAUUCUGAAGGAGGAACAAGAGCUCUAUCAAAAAGAAGGUUUAGGUGUUAAUGAAGUGCAUUAUGUGGACAAUCAGGAUUGUAUAGAUUUAAUUGAAGCAAAAUUAGUGGGAAUAUUGGAUAUUUUGGAUGAAGAAAAUCGCCUUCCCCAGCCCAGUGAUCAACACUUUACAUCCGCAGUUCACCAGAAGCACAAGGAUCACUUCCGACUCACCAUUCCCAGAAAAUCUAAGCUGGCAGUUCAUAGGAACAUCAGAGAUGACGAAGGCUUCAUCAUCAGGCAUUUUGCAGGGGCCGUGUGCUAUGAAACAACCCAGUUUGUGGAAAAAAAUAAUGAUGCUUUACAUAUGUCUCUUGAAUCCUUAAUAUGUGAAUCCAGAGAUAAGUUUAUACGGGAAUUAUUUGAAUCAUCCACAAAUAACAACAAAGACACUAAACAAAAAGCAGGAAAACUUAGCUUCAUCAGUGUGGGAAACAAGUUUAAGACACAGUUAAAUUUGCUUCUGGAUAAACUGCGAAGUACUGGAGCAAGUUUUAUUCGUUGUAUAAAACCUAAUUUAAAGAUGACAAGCCACGACUUUGAAGGUGCUCAAAUUUUGUCUCAACUUCAAUGUUCAGGUAUGGUGUCCGUUUUGGACUUGAUGCAGGGUGGUUUCCCAUCACGAGCUUCGUUUCAUGAACUCUACAACAUGUAUAAAAAGUACAUGCCGGACAAACUUGCAAGAUUAGAUCCAAGACUAUUUUGUAAGGCUCUUUUUAAAGCUUUGGGCUUAAAUGAAAUUGACUACAAGUUUGGGUUAACAAAAGUAUUUUUUAGACCUGGCAAGUUUGCAGAAUUUGAUCAGAUUAUGAAGUCGGACCCUGACCAUUUAGCAGAGUUGGUUAAAAGGGUCAAUCACUGGCUCAUCUGCAGUCGCUGGAAGAAAGUUCAGUGGUGCUCACUCUCAGUCAUCAAAUUGAAAAACAAAAUAAAAUAUCGAGCUGAAGCCUGCAUUAAAAUGCAAAAAACUAUUCGAAUGUGGCUUUGCAAAAGGAGACACAAACCUCGCAUCGAUGGCCUGGUUAAGGUCGGCACACUGAAGAAACGACUCGAUAAAUUUAACGAAGUAGUAAGUGCACUGAAAGAUGGGAAACCGGAGGUGAAUAAACAGGUGAAGGACCUCGAAGUUUCCAUUGAUGCUUUAAUGGCCAAAAUUAAGUCCACUAUGAUGACAAGGGAGCAGAUACAGAAAGAAUACGAUGCACUCGUUAAAAGCUCAGAGGAGCUCCUCAGUGCUUUACAGAAAAAAAAACAGCAGGAAGAGGAAGCUGAAAGGCUGAGGCGUAUUCAAGAAGAAAUGGAAAGAGAGAGAAAAAGGCGUGAAGAAGAUGAACAACGCCGAAGAAAGGAAGAGGAGGAAAGGCGGAUGAAACUUGAGAUGGAAGCAAAGAGAAAACAAGAAGAAGAAGAGAGAAAGAAAAGGGAAGAUGAUGAAAAACGUAUUCAGGCUGAAGUGGAGGAGCAGCUGGCCCGACAGCGGGAGGAGGAGUCCCAGCAGCAGGCGGUGCUGGAGCAGGAGCGCCGGGACCGGGAGCUGGCCCUGAGGAUCGCCCAGAGUGAAGCGGAGCUCAUCAGCGACGAGGCCCAGGCUGACCUGGCCCUCCGGAGAGGUCCUGCUGUACAAGCCACAAAGGCAGCUGCUGGUACCAAGAAACAUGAUCUUAGUAAAUGGAAAUAUGCAGACCUGCGUGAUACCAUCAAUACUUCUUGUGAUAUUGAGCUACUGGCAGCUUGCAGAGAAGAAUUUCACAGGAGACUAAAAGUGUAUCAUGCUUGGAAAUCCAAGAACAAGAAGAGAAAUACUGAAACAGAGCAACGUGCUCCAAAGUCUGUUACUGAUUAUGAUUUUGCACCAUUUUUGAACAAUUCACCUCAGCAGAACCCAGCGGCUCAGCUUCCUGCCAGGCAGCAGGAGAUCGAAAUGAACCGACAGCAGCGCUUCUUCCGCAUCCCAUUCAUCCGCCCCGCCGACCAGUACAAAGAUCCACAGAAUAAGAAAAAAGGCUGGUGGUAUGCCCAUUUUGAUGGACCCUGGAUUGCCCGGCAGAUGGAACUCCAUCCUGACAAGCCACCCAUCCUUCUUGUGGCUGGUAAGGAUGACAUGGAGAUGUGUGAGCUGAACCUGGAGGAGACAGGCCUGACUCGAAAGCGUGGUGCUGAGAUUUUGCCAAGACAGUUUGAAGAAAUUUGGGAACGCUGUGGAGGCAUCCAGUACCUUCAGAAUGCAAUUGAGAGCAGACAGGCUAGGCCCACAUACGCCACGGCCAUGCUACAGAAUCUGCUCAAGUAGAGGUCCCCUCCCACCUGAGCUGGGCGCCCUUGCCGGGGUACUAGGUAGGGUGUGCGCCCCGGAGAGUUACCCCUUCCACCAUCGUGUUAGAAUUACUUACACAAAGUGAACAGACUUUCUUAAUCAUGGCUUCUUGUUUAUUUAAGGUUAAUGAUGGUAGUGAUUUUGGGACCUAAAAAUUAUUUUCCUAUAACUGUUCAACCUCUUGUUAUUCUAAUACUUGUUACACUUGGACAGAUUCUGAUAUGUCUCAUUCUUUGCACACUACCUUAAGUCCACUCAUAAUUGCUUCCUAGGAAAAGAAAUUUGAAAAAUAAUUCAAAAUACUAGAUUUUUAAAGAUGGCACACCAUAACAUAACGAGUAAUGAAACAGCUUAAAUUUUCUUACAAAAAUCAAGACACUUAACAGGAUCAAGGCACCCGUGGUUUGAUCAGAAAAGCUCUCUAUUUUCUUUCGCAGAAAUUCAUGGAAAUUUCCAUCAAAGGUGGAAAUUUUUAUUCCCCCUUCAUUUGCAGUGUGUCUCAGUUUGAGUAAAGCCAUUUGCCGGAAGUCCUAGCAUUGUAGAAGGAACCUUAAUGUAACUGAUGUACUUUGUGAUAAAGAAGGUACUCAUAAUAUUCUGCACAGAUUUGUUUUUCUUUUCGAUUACAUUGUGUUGUUAUAAGAAUGUUUUUCUUAUAGUCCAUGGACAAAUAAAGGAAAUUCAGAUCACUUAAAUACUUAAAAGUUUUAGGCUAACUUUCAUUUCAUUUAGAAAAGGAAAUAGGUUUUAGUUGGUACUGUGGCUUAACUAGAUUGAAUUCAAAUAUUCCUUCAACUUCAUCUCAAUGGCGAUUUUUAUAUCAGAAUCUUGUCCAAGUUGUUUCAUAUGAUUUAAGCUAGUGUUCUGCUUCAAAACAUCUUUGUUUUUAAAAAGUUCAUAGUGUCUUUUUUGGCCUUUGAGAUUUUGGUAAUUGUAGAGCUGUUUUAUAAGCUUUGUAAUUCAAAAGCCCUGUACUUAGUAAUUGCUUCUUUCAUGUAACUGAUAAUUUAAAAAAAAAAAAGUUUUCUUUGUGUGCUGUUAGUUUUGAUCAAAUGUCAGCAGUUUCUAGCCUAAUAUUUAUGACUUUUAUGUUAGGAAUGGGGAGACAAAAAUGCAUUAAGGAGGUAUGUUGACAUAAUCCU